GCCGUCGUCGUUGUUUUCUUUUGAGAAUUAAAGUACAUAGUGUAAAAAUAAGAAUAAUAAUAGAAAAACAGAAAAAUCCCUUUGAAAGUGCAAAGAUUUUUUGAUAAUAUCAUCAUCCGUGUGACCACUUUAUAAACGUUGUUGCAGUUGCGUUUAAUGUAAUUAAUUAGUUUAGCCACUCAGCCGGACGGACAAACUGAGGCAUAUCACAAUUGUACAAGUGCCGUGCCGCCCCGCCAAUAUCAUCAAUUUGAUUAAUUGAUUUAAUUUCACAUUUUCGCGCACACUUUGAUUAAGCAAAAUGGAUUAAGUUACGCCGCCGCCAACAGACAUUUAAAUAGUCGUGCGAAUUUUCCAAUUAAAAAAAUAGUAAUACGCGUAAAUGUAAUAAUUGCAAUUAACAGAAAACUAUAAACAAACAAUUAAAAUACACACACAUACAUAUCUAUAAACAAAGUUCCUAGAAAAAAAUCAAGUUAAAAUCAAAAACAAAUUUCAAUAAUGGAGCACACGGCUUUUGAGGAUCAAAUAUUUAGUGAAUUUUCGGGACCCUUAAGUCCUUUGGAUGGCAAACCCCUGACACCAACAUCUGUGGCCCAUGGCAUGCAUUCGGUAAUGUUAAGUUUGCCACCGGGAGCCACUGUUAUGCAGCAUCCCGGAUCCGCCGACAUGUGCUCCCAACGUUUGCCCGACUGUCAAACGCUGUUAUCCUCAACCUCACCCAAAAUGGAUCCCUAUAAGUCUUCAACGCCCGAUUACGACAAUAAAAUGGAAUAUGUCACAAAAAUGGGUUGUUAUUCUCCCACGCAGAAAUAUGAAUACUUGACCACGGCAAAUGGUGGUGGAUCGGCCCACAAAUUGGACCACCAUCAUCAGCAGUACUCCUCAACGCCGCCACCAACACAACCCGGUAAUCAUACGCCAAAUGGUUUGGCUCAUCAGCAGCACAAGUCAAUGGCCCACCAUCAAACCCAUCCCCAUCAUCAUCAUCAGCAGCAGCAGCACCAACAAAUCCAUCAUUCCCCCAAUGCCAUGUUGGACUAUGUCCAUCAUCACCAUCAGCAACAGCACCAACUUCACAAUGCCAAUGGAAAAAUGGAUUAUGAUCCCCAUGGACAUCAACAGCAGCAGCAGCAGCAACAACAUCCUCAUCAUCAACAAACUCACCCCCAUCACAUCUAUGCCACCAGCAGUCCCCAUCACAAUCACCAUGAAAUUAUUAAUGCCAAUGAACAUAAUAUGUCGCCAUUAACCGCUAAUGGCUUAAUCGGCAACUCGUCGGCUGUGUCCGCCUCAUUGGGGGCCAAUCCAAAUACCGACGGGAGCCUCUUGCAGCAAACGACCAUGCAACCAGCAACGCCUAAUAAUGUGCUAACUGGCCCAGUACCGCAACAAACCAAUGGUGGUCUUAACCCACAACAGCAGCAGCAACAACAACAGCAACAGUCACCAACUGGUUUAACAAAUGGUCUGAAACUUAAUAAAGGUAAACAUGAUGAGAUGUGCUCCCCACCAAAUCCAGACGCCAGUCAAAACAAUGGCUCAACAUCCUCGUCAUCCAUGGCCAAUAGUAAUACACCACCUGCUGUCAAAAAGAAUGACAAAAAGAAAGGAGAUCCCAAUGGCAUAAAAAAGAAGAAAACGAGAACUACAUUUACCGCCUAUCAAUUAGAAGAACUAGAAAGGGCAUUUGAACGUGCCCCAUACCCCGAUGUUUUUGCUCGCGAAGAAUUGGCCAUAAAAUUGAAUUUAAGCGAAUCACGGGUACAGGUUUGGUUUCAAAAUCGCCGUGCCAAAUGGCGUAAACACGAGCCGCCACGUAAGACGGGUUACAUUAAGACCAGUACACCGCCCACAUCAACACUGAAUACGACACUGGCGGCACCGUUCGCCACGUUUCCCCAGACAACGACAGUGACGCCGCCCGGCAGCAUGGACAGCUGGACAAGUUAUCAACCACCCUAUGAGCUAAGCCCACAAUUUAGUUUACUUUCACCGGCCGCAAGUCCUUAUGGCACCUAUACCAGUCAAUAUGGUACCUAUGUCCAUGAAUCGCAAAUAUUUCCAAUGCGUCAUUUUGAAUAUGGUAGUCCGCCAAGGGUGGAGAUGGGCGGUGGAGGUGGUGGCUCGGUUCUGGCUGGUCCUACUCAGCCGGAUGAUGUACAAAAACUACAUAAUCAUGAUGCCACGGGUUAUAUGACACAGCCGGGAAUGAUGGCCGAAGAUGUGACCACAGCCACCCAUUUAUCUGAUGGUACCACCACCACCACCGUACAUUUGGUCCAUCAACAAAACGGUGGAAGUUCUAAAUAUCUGGGUAGCGAUGAGACGAAAUAUUUAAAUGUUGGACCCGGAAAUGGUCUGGAGCAGCAAAAUGGUACCAUAUGUCAUAUCACAUCACACGAUCCGCAGCAGCAGCAGUCGUCGCAACAAGCUUCACAUUUAAAUGUGGGCACAGCAGCUGGGCCAAAUGCCGAUGACGCCAAUGAUGGUGGCGGCCUGCAAACCAUAAUAAAAAGUGAGGAAGCCAACGCUGCCCAUCAGCAUCAGUCGCAGCAGAAUGGCGCCGUUUCGCAUACCUAUGUUUUGCCGCCUUUUUUGCAUUAAAAGAAAUGCUUGCACACCAGCAUAAACAUCCGUCGGCCACAAUUUUGCAGAAUCGUCAAGCCCAGCAGGUCCAAAAGCGUUGGCUUUUACGUAGACAACAGCAGCAGCGGCAGCAGCAAGAACAAAGGGAAAGACUACUAAAAUGUCGAACUUUUUGUCGACCCUUAUGAAAGGGAAGCAAAUUGUUGAAAGACCCUAUCAGGUACUACUAUAUUGGCAAUUCAUUAUAUUGAGGGUAUUUUCGGAACUUCCAAGGUAUUUUUAAACCCUCCACCAUGCAUAGUAUGAAGGGUAUAUUAAGUUCGUCAUUCUGUUUGUAAAUAAUCGAAAUAACAACUUUAGACCCAACAAAGUAUAUAUAUUCUUGAUCAGCGUAGAAUUCUGAGACGAUUUAGCCCUGUCUGUCCGUCCGUUUGUCCGUCUGUUGUAAUCACGCUAGAGUCGAAACGAAUAAUGAUAGGAAGCUAAAAUUUGGCACCCAUCUGUCUUUUGUCUGCAGGCAGGUCAAUUUCGAAGACUCCAUCGAAGUGCCCAUGUAACGGCACCUCCCGAGCUUCGGUAUUUUGAUGAUUUAAGCCACAUUUUUCAAUGGAAUUAUUUGAAAAUCCACACAAGUAGUUCCCUCAGAGUACUUUACCCCCUGGCAGAGAUUGUCUAUAUAGGUCUAUGAUAUCGUAUAGCCCCCCUAUAAUUGUACCUCCCUAUAUUCGGUAUUUUGAUGAUUUUAGUCGCAUUUUUCAACGGAAUUGUUUGAAAAUCUACACAAGGAGUUGUUUGUGAGUACUUUACCCCCUGGCAGAGAAUUGUCUAUAUAGGUCCUCGAUAUCGUAUUGCCCCUAUAUAACGGCACCUCCCGAUAUUCGGGUUUUUUUGAUGAUUUAAGCCAAAAUUUUCAAUGGAAAUGUCUGAAAUUCUACACAAAAAGUUCUUCGUGACUACUUUACCCCCUGGCAGAGAAUUGUCUAUAUAGAUUCACGAUAUCGUAUAGCCCCCAUACAAUAGUGCCCCCCGAUAUUCGGUAUUUUGAUGAUUUUAGUUACAUUUUUAAUGGAAUUUUCUGAAAUUCUGCACAAGGAGUUCUUUGUGAGUACUUUAUCCCCUGGCAGAGAAUUGUCUCUAAAGGUGUACGUUUUAGCAUAGCACCCAUAUAACGCUACUCCAAGAUAAUCGGUAUUUAAAGGAUUUUCACGACAUUAUUCCCCCAGAAUUGUGUUAAAUUUCGUAUUUGAAGUUCGUAAUGGGUACUACAACCUAUGAUGGAAAAUUCUCCAUGCAGGUAUACAUUUUCGUAUAGCUCCUAUAUAACGGCACCUUCCGUUUAUUCGUUAUUCUGAAGAUAUUAGCGAAAUUAUUCACCGAAUUUUUUUCAAAUUUGGUAUUUGAAGUUCGUAAUGGAUACUACAGCCUCUGACAGAAAAUUGUCUGUGCAGGUCCACGUUUUCGUAUAGCACCCAUAUAACGCUACCCCAAGAUAUUCGGUAUUUCCAGGAUUUUCGCGACAUUAUUCUCCAGAAUUGUCUCAAAUUUCGUAUUUGAAGUUCGUAAUGAGUACUACAAGCUAUGACGGAAAAUUGUUUAUGCAGGUCCACGUCUUAUUGUAGCUCCCGAUUCACCGGUACAUCCCUUUAUUCGGUAUUUUGAUGAUAUUAGCGACAUUAUUCACCGGAAUUGUUUCGAAUUACGUAUUUAAAGUUCGCCAUCGUUACUAUAACCCGAUGCCCAAUGAAAUUAUUUAUCCAGCACCACGUCUUUGUAUAGCCCCCAUAUAAAGGUAUUCGGGUGAGCGGUAUUUGUCGACGAUUUUUUUUUUUAAAUUUUCAAGUUCCUUCUGUAUGGUGGAAGGUAUUAAAAGUUCAGCCCGGCCCGGACUUCCAAGGUAUUUCGAAACUUGGCGAAAUUUUUAGUUUUUGUCCAAGAAGUUAGGAGAAAAUAUUUAUGGUUAUCAUGCUUUUCUCUAUCCAAAAGCCCACAAUUCUGCUUUUAUGAAACCCCUCCCUGUGUAUGAAGGAAAUGCCAUGCCGUGGUCUUUUUUCACCUUGUUUGUAUGUAUUUGUGUGUCAAGCAUUUCUUUUGUUAUCUAUUUUUGUAAUUAGUUUAUAAGACUAUUUUUUAAAGUAAACCUAAGAAAAAAAACAACAACAAAAUCCAAAGUCUUGUCCAAAGUUUAGCCAUAAGUAAUUGUAUGCCAUUAAAGUUGUAGAAUCUAUUCCAAAAAAAUGCAUUCCAAAUGUGCCUUAAAUCUUAGUUUUAAUUUUUUUUUUUUUUCAAAGCCUAAAAGAGGUUUAUCAGAGUUUAGGAUUACAAUUUAAAAUAGUUUACAAAAUUAAAAUUAGCCAUUACUUUUAAUACCAAACAUGUUCCAUAUAUAGCGGAUAAGUAAGUAGUAUAUAUAAAAAUAAACAAAUCAAUUGUAAAUUUAACAAAAAGACAAUGCAUUCCAAAUGUGCCUCCCAUUUUUUUCAAUUAUUUUAAAGUAUCAUUCAAUUAUAUUAAUGUCAAAAUAAUUAUUACAAUUUCUAUUAAAAAAAACCCUUGUAACCGAAGAAAAGAAACACUGUUGUGCGUUGUGACAAUAAAUAUUUAUUUAUAUUAGAUUAGAUUAAAAACCAAUGGAGGUCCAAGUUCACCCACUGUUGUCGUUUCGUUUCAUUUUUUUUUUUUAAUUUGUAUCUUUAAAAUUUUACAAUUAGGUGUACUUUAAAAACCAUAAAUAAUUGCUGUCUUAUUUAAAUUAAUGUUAUGUCUUUCCUUCUAGGCUAAUGUCAAUAAAUAUAUAUUUUUAUAAUUUAAAAUU